AUGUCCGCAUCGUCUUCUUAUAGGCGAUCAAACCGUCGUAGACGAGGCGGAUCUCGCUCUUCUACUAUAGAUCAUAUGUUUUCGAUUGAUCAAUAUGUAGAAAUUAGCCUCCCGCUUGAUGCCUUGCUUGCUUCGAUACGACACCUUCUUCUUCCGGUCAAGACACAUCCAACCGUGAUUAUUCGAUCUCUCGACGACACAUUAUUCAAUUCAAACCAGAAUGCAUCCUCUAUAUAUCAAAGCCCGGGCUUUGACCUUCCCGUUGAUGUGUUAGGCCAUAGGUUCGAAACAAGUCAUCGUCAUACCACUCAACUUGAUGCAAUUGUAUUUGAUUUUGAAUGCACACCUUCCCCCAAUGCAUCACCGUCUCGCAUUAAUGACAUGCUUCCUGUUGAACGUCAAUUAUAUUCCAUCUUGCCUCAUCAAAAUUUUAUAAAUCUUGACUUUGAAAGAUUGGUUGUUGGUGGUUCUCAACCGAUCCCGCCUAUUUCUUCGAAGCCGACGAAGCUUUGCAAUCGUCGUUUGAGCCACCCGAUGCCUCCGAAUACCUUGGUCUUCCUCCCGUAA